AUGUUGAAGUGUGGGAUGAGCGGAAUAUUUGGGAAAGCAAUCCAAGCUCUCUCACGAGUGAGUGAAGAGCUGUGGCUAGACCCAUCAGAAAAAGGCCUUGCUCUAAGAUCUAUAAAUUCUUCUUCAUCGGCAUAUGGAUACGUCCUGUUCUCUUCUGUGUUUUUUGAACAUUAUCAGUGGUCAACUUUGGAGAACGUUAAUGACAAUGACAGAUCGCUGUAUUUAAAUUGCAAAUUGGGAAUGAAGUCAAUUCUACCCAUCUUUAGAUGUCUGAAUUCUUUUGAAAGAAAUGUAGAGAAGUGCACAAUAUUCACCACAUCUGACAAGUGCAAAGUAGUUAUUCAGUUCUUCUGCAGAUAUGGUAUUAAAAAAACUCAUACUGUGUGUUUUCAAGAAAGUCGGCCUGUGCAAGUUAAUUUUGAAAAGAAUAUGUGUUGCAAUACUCUGAUGAUUCAGCCAAGAUUACUGGCUGAGGCAAUGGUUCUUUUUUCAUCGAAUCAGGAGGAAGUUACUCUGGCUGUUUCUUCACUGAAUUUGUGCCUCAAGAGCUCUCGCGGGGAAUCGGCGGGUUUGACCAAUUCUGUGUACAGUGAGAUGAUUAUUGGCCCAGAUGAGUUUGACCUCUUUCAGGUUGGGCUGGAUACUGAAAUAACAUUUUGCUGCAAAGAAUUAAAGGGAAUGCUGACAUUUUCAGAAGCUACACAUGUUCCUGUGUCCAUUCAUUUUGAUUUUCCUGGGAAACCCGUGGCUGUGAGUAUCGUUGAUAUGCUACUAGAAGCUAACUUCAUUCUGUCGACAUUAGCUGAUGACCCAGGCGGGGCACAUUCCCCACCACUGCUGUGUCUUUCCCAAGCAAGAAGAAGGUCACACCGGCGACGGUUGGAUUCAAAGGCUGGCGUAGGGGGAGCCGCCCAGGCCCCAGAGUGCAUCUCGAGAAAAGCAGCACCCAAAAGGCUUUGUCCUCCGGGGACUCCCGCAAAGAACUCGAACUCAAAGGACUGGGCUGCAGAACACGGUGGCUGCCCCCAGCUGAAGAGGGCCAACCUGGAUGACAUCCGGGAGGCGUCCAAAAGCUGUGCCAGUGGUGCAGAAGAUGAUCGGGGCUCCUUUUCCCUCAGGAAGUUUUCCUCCAUGUUCUUUGGAGCAGUUUCUUCUGACCAGCGAGAGCAUCUCACCUGCCCUUCCGAGAGUCUGGCCACAGCGAGCGACAGUGACAUUGACUGACCCGCUGGGGCCUCCAGCACGUGUUCACACUGGGCGUGUAAGACGGUGUCCUGAACUUCCCCGACGUGCUCAAGGCGGUUCUGCUGCUCUAAACAUGAUCUUGUACGUGACUCGAUGCAGAAAUGGCGGCUCGUCAGUGUGUAACGCUUACCUUUAAAUCAUGAUGCUGCUUGGAGGCAGCAGUUCUGUGCAGACAGCAAACCUACUCAAGUUCUUCUGUUCGGCGCAUGUUCACCCUGCGGCUGCAGCACUCUUCAAGUGUUGUAAAAGCAAACUUUUGGCAGCCAUUUGGAGAGCAUCAAGAUGGCUUGAAAUAAUUUUGUGACUAGUAGUCAGGUUAUCUUCUGUAAUUGACUGCAAACACUUGGUUCUUAGUGCUGUUAGAAACAGCAAAGUUAUGCAACGUUUUCUUGUGUAAUGACUUGUUUGGUCCUUUAAAAAUAUACUUUAAAUAAAAUA